GAGGUCGGCCUCGGGAGAGGAAGAAAACCUCUUCCUGGGGCGUGGCUGCUAGGGUUUGCCUCUGUCUUCCGGCGGCCGGCGGCGAACGGAUUCAGACGAUGUCGAAGAAGAACAGCCUCUCCAAGCGGAAGAAGCAGCACGAGUUCGACCUCCAGAGGGAGAAGAAGGCCAAGGAGGAGCAGGCCAAGAAGCUGCAGGCCAAGAAGUCCAAGAUGAAGAUUGAUGGCAGCGAUAAGAAGAAGAAGGGCAGCAGCUUCAAGGUGGGCAAGAAGAAGGUGAAGACAAAGCUCUCCGCACUGGGAAAAGCCAAGGCCGCGCAAGCCAUGGAGCUCGACAACUGACUGACUCCCACGGCCUAAACUGUUGCACCAAUGCCGGUCAUUUUUUAUGUAAUCGUCCGAGAAAUGAAGUUCAUUUGCUCUGGCCAGGUCCAUGUAGUCGAGCUGCGUUAGAUAGAUAAGAGUUUUGGUAUUUCUCCAGUCAGUCAGAUCCUGAUCGUGUAUGAUCCACCCCUCGAAACAUUUCUGCUUCAGCUGCCAAGAUCAUGUGUGUUCUUGCCUAGUUGCCUGACCAGCAACUCCCCAUUCCUCUCUCUUUCACCAGCCUGCAACAAGAUCCCAGUAUGUUUCUGAAUGUAUUCAGAACGGACAGACCUCACCAUGCUCACUGUAUUGCAGUGCAGUACACGCACUGUAUAUACGUACAAUACCCGGUCUGUCUGUAUUUCUCUGCUGCAGUUUUUGUUUCC